UUGUUUUGACGCGUCACAUCACAAAACAAAAUAUAAACAGCUUGCACCGCGCAUAUCAACAUCGUGCUUUAGGUGAUUUGCGGCUUGAAUGUAUAAAUUUCAUCAAAUUUAGGCCAAUUUUGUGCACAUUUCUGGUGCUAUGGACGCAAAGCAAAAGAUUCUCAUCGUGGGAGAUGUGAAAGGCAAAUUCAAGUCAUUUUUCGCGCGCAUCGAAAGCGUAAACAAAAAAUCUGGUCCAUUCGAUUUGGUUCUGUGCGUUGGGAGUUUCUUCGGACCGGCGGCGGAAGUGGCCGAAUUGAACGAAUACAAGAGCAGGAGGAAAUCAAUUGCUAUUCCGACGUACAUCCUUGGUCCGAACGAUGAAAGUUCGGCCAAGUUCUACAAGGACAUCCCAGAAGACGACAUUUGUCCCAACCUGAGUUACUUGGGCAAGCGGGGCAUUUACGCAACAUCCAGUGGCUUGAAGAUCGCCUACGUGAGUGGAACGGAAGCCGAAGGAGACAAUCCCAGAACGGUGCCUGAGUGGAAGUUUACCAAGGAAGACGUCAUGGCCGUGAGGGAUUCCUGCUUCGCUAGCAAAUCCAACAUGGGAGACUACCGGGGAGUGGAUCUACUGCUGACGUCGCAGUGGCCCUCGGGUAUGAAACCGGAAGCCAAAGGAUGCUCGAAGUGGAUUUCAUGGCUGGCGGACGCGAUUAAACCGCGGUAUCACGUUUGUGGUCUCAACGCAGAUUACUACGAGCCGCCUCCGUAUCGAAACAAACCCGAUAAAAACACACAGAUGGAGCUCGCGACCCGUUUCAUCGCAUUGGCUGACUUUGGAAACCCUGAGAAAAAGAAGAACAUCUACGCUCUGGUUCUUACUCCGGUGGAGAAAAUGCGAAUCAUUGAACUGAUUCAGAAAACGACCGACGAGGUACUUUCUCCCUACGCUGAGAUGAACUUUUCCGAAAGCGGCGACAAAGGCUCCAAGGACGAUCGGGGCGGCGGCCAGUAUUUUUACGAUAUGAACUCUUCGUAUGACGACAAUGCGAGGAAACGCAAAAGCCAGGGCAAUCGUAUCAGCGGGAACCAGGACCAGAACCAAAAGCGUCAGAAACCGACUUUCGAUCAGGAAAAAUGUUGGUUUUGUUUGUCUUCCGGUUCGAUAGAGAAGCAUCUGAUCAUAUCGGUUGGAGAACAUUUCUACCUGGCGUUGGCCAAAGGACCGGUGAACGAAACCCACAUUCUGAUCCUGUCCAUUACGCAUAUCCAGAACGCUUCGCUACUCUCCGCAGAGCAGUGGGCUGAAUUGAACAAGUUCAAGCUGGCCCUAACGCAGUUUUUCAAAGAUCGAGAGGAAACGAUUUUCCUGUACGAGCGGAACUACAAGACAGGCCAUCUCCAGAUCAACGCCAUCGGAGUGGACAACAAUGUGGCCUGGAAGAUUCAGCAUGUUCUGGAGGACAAAUCAGAGGAGCACAACAUUACUCUGGAAACGGUCCCAAAGCCACAAUCGCCGGCGGAUUUGCCCCAGAAGUGUCCCUACUUUGUGGCGGAACUUCCCGACGGGAACAUCAUGUUUACCAAACAGAUGCGCAAUUUCCCGCUGCACUUUGGGCGGGAGAUCAUCUGCGCGGACAAUCUGCUCAACUGCGAGGAGAAAAUCGACUGGCGGCAGUGUAAUCUGGAGAAGGACGAAGAAGAAGCCAUUACGAAGAAAUUCCGCGAAAGUUUCCAACCGUACGAUUUUACAGUUUGACCUGAGCCGGCUCUUGUGAUGUAGAUGCAGGUUCGUAUAAAUUUAAUUUAGUUCUCUUUUCUUUUUUUUUUGUUUUUUUUGCUUGAUAAAGUUCUUAAAGAACGCUGAUGUGAAAGGAUUAAAUGUUGAAUAAACAAACCUGAUGUAAUUCUA